AUGGGGGAACUCAAGUUCUUCCUUAGGCUUCAAAUCAAGCAAGCUAGGGAUGACAUCUUCAUCAACCAAGCCAAGUGCACUAAAGAAUUGAUGAAGAGGUUUGGGAUGGAGAAUAGCAAGCCAAGUAGAACUCCAAUGAGCACAAACACCAAACAUGACAAUGAUGAAAAAGGAAGAUCGAUUGAUGAAAAGCUCUAUAAAGAGUCUCAUUUGCAUGCUGUUAAACGUAUUCUCAAAUACUUGAAUGGUACAUUGCAUUUAGGUCUAUGGUAUCCUAGAAAUGCAUCCUUUGAUUUAUGUUCCUACUCGGAUGCCGACUUUGCUGGAAGCAUCCUUGAUAGGAAGAGUACCUCAGGUACUUGUCAACUCCUGGGACACUCUUUAGUUUCUUAG